AUGGCCGUUUCCAAGACACACAACGUCGUGCUCGCCCGUGGCAUCAACGCCAUCUCGCGCAACAGUCUCUCCAAGAAGAACGGCCGUGGCAUGGUGGUCAAGAAGGGCGGCGAGAAGAAGGUGACUGUUGUGAAGAAACCGUGCACGAAGAAGUGGUACCCGGCGGACUACAUCCCGAAGCCGUUGCAGUCGGCCAAGACCAAGCGCAACAGUGUCAAGACCGCAAAGCUGCGCAAGUCCAUCACGCCGGGCACUGUGCUUAUUCUGCUCUCGGGCCGCUUCCGUGGCAAGCGUGUGGUGUUCCUGAAGCAAUUGGCAUCGGGCCUGCUGCUUGUGACGGGCCCCUACAAGAUCAACGGCGUGCCGCUUCGUCGUGUGAACCAGUCGUUCGUGAUUGCUACGUCGACCAAGGUCAACAUGGAGGGCCUUGAGCUUCCGGCCAUUGACGACGCCUACUUUGCCCGGGAAAAGGCUGCAAAGAAGAGCAAAGAGGAGCAGUUCUUUGCGCAGUCAAACGAGGCUCCCGUGAUCUCGGAGCAGCGCAAGAAGGACCAGAAGGCUGUAGACUCGGCUCUUGUCAAGAAGCUUGACGCCGAGCCGUUCCUCAAGGCCUACCUGAAUGCCAAGUUCACCUUGACAAAGAGCGACCGCGUGCACGCUCUCAAGUUUUAA